GUUCGGUCUAAUGUCCCGUUAUACUAUAUAGAUCACAUGGCUUCUGGUACUUUGAGAUCAUGCUAACGGCGAGAAGGGAAGUGUGUUUCAAUAACUAGCUGAGUGCUUGUACGGAGGAUAUGGUAACUUCUUUGUACCAAUAUAUAUUGGUGGUUCGGAAGUCGUUUUCCCAAGAACUAACGCGAUCUCCUAUUUUCUAGUACCAUUAGGUUCUGUGUUGUUAACUCAAAGUAUUUGUUCCGAGUUUGGUAGUGGUCUUGGUUGGACAAUGUAUCCUCCACUAAGUACUAGCUUGAUGGUGUUAAAUCCAGAGGCAACUGAUUGGAUUAUCGGAGGUCUUGCAGUACUAGGAAUUAGUAGUAUUUUAAGUUCUAUUAACUUCCUUGGUACUUGCGUCUUCAUGGGUUCUAAUGCUGGUGCCUAAGAACUAUAUUCUAUAUAUCUGGGCUAUCAUAUUUACUGCCCUUAUGUUAGUCUUCACUCUACCUAUUCUUACUGGUGGAUUAGUUAUGAUCCUUCUUGAUCUACACGUAAACACUGAAUUUUAUGAUUCUAUGUAUUCUGGUGAUAGUGUACUUUAUCAACAUCUAUUCUGGUUCUUCGGACAUCCAGAGGUAUACAUUCUAAUUUUACCUGCUUUUGGUGUAGUCUCGCAGACAUUAUCUAUGUAUGCUGCUAGAUCUGUCUUCGGUGGACAAUCUAUGAUCUUAGCUUAUGGGUUGUAUUUCUAUUCUAGGUUCCUUAGUAUGGGCACAUCAUAUGAUGACAGUCGGUUCUAGAGGUAGAUACCAGAGCUUAUUUCUCUGCUAUGACUAUUAUGAUUGCAAUUCCUACCGGUACUAAGAUUUUCAACUGGUUAGGUACCUUAUAUGGCUAGCCAUACAACUACAAGAACUGUAGAUCUAUGGCUGCUCUUAGUUUUAUCCUAUUGUUUACUCUAGGUGUACUACAGGUGUAGUUAUGGGUAACGCUGGUAUGGAUAUUGCCCUACAUGAUACAUACUAUAUUGUAGCUCAUUUCCAUUUCGUAUUAUCUCUUGGUGCAGUACUAGCUACUAUAUGUGGCUUUAUCUUCUAUAGCAGAGAUAUGUUCGGAGAUACUGUAAAUCUAUUCCAUGUAAAUACCGGUGCUUCUCCAUAUUUAAGCAUCUGGUUUGUAGUCUUCUUAGGUAGUAUCUUAUUAAUUUUCAUCCCUAUGCAUUAUACUUGGUUUCAACGUUAUGCCAAGAAGGAUACCAGAUUACCCUGAUUAUCUUUGUUAUAUUAAUACAUGGUGUUCAAUUGGUUCUAUAUCCACAAUAGUUAUCAUCUUAACUAUGCUCUGC